AUGAGAUACUCAGCAGUAGCAACAACAACAACAAUCACAACACCACCAACAGGAGCAAACUUUCAACCAUUCAUUGGCAAUCGCGUUAAACCAACAUAUCCAUUAAGACAAGUUCAACGCAUUAGAAAACAAAUAUCAUCUACGUUAAAUAGACAUACAGGUGGCGACCAAGAACUACAAUCAGAGGUUCAAAGAAGUUUCAGCAUAUCUAAACAUGGAAGAUUAAUCUUACUAGUUCAUUUUAAAAGAAUAUUAUCAUCGGUAUCACCUUUUCAUACUGCUUCACAACUAAGAGAUUUUGGUUUCAAAUUUGCAAAUGGUGCAUUCACAAACGCCAACAAACAUGCAAAACAAUAUGGACUUGGUAGAAACAUUAGAGCAGAGGAGCUUCUUCUACUUCACCUCUUUGAAACACGCUGGAUAUCGAUUCUUGGGCUACUUUUACCUUUUGAGACAAAAAUUAUAUGUAAUCUAAUGGGAUCAUUAAAAAUUGUUUCUAGGGAGGUAGGAUAUGAUAGGAGGUUAAAACUUACACUUUUGUUGGUAAAAACAAAUUCCCAGAGCCUGGCAGAAUUGUGGCAAGCGCUCUCAAACCUCGCGCAGGCUAGUCGUCAAGAUGUAAAACUCAAACAAAGAAUGGUGAAUGCUACCAAGAUAAAGUUAAAUAUCCAAUCAUCUUCCUCGUCAUCAUCUUCUUCAUCUACAUCAUCAACAGAACAAUAUGAUGAAAAGACUAGAAUUUCAGAACUUAAAUUGUUAACUGUAAAACAAUUAAAAGCGAUUAACGAAACAUGGACUUUUCGUUCAAAGGCUUUGAAAGGAGAAAUAAUUGAUACUAUCAUCAAAAAAGAAAAAGAAGUAAUCGCAGAAAAAAUGGCAAUGUAUCAUCAUCAUCAUGAUAUAUUUCAGAUUAAUCCAGAGGUAGACUUCUUGGGUCCUCUUUGCAUGUACUUUGGUAUCCCUAUAGAUGAGUACCGAUUGUGGCGAGAGAAAGCAGCAGCAAGGGGAGAAACAACAUUGAUUGCAAUGGGCACAGGUGAAUUUGUACCAACAACACCUUAUGACAACUUAACACCAAGAAUCAAUCAUCAACAUCUAGAACACCAUGCUGUCAAGACCAAACUGUUGGUCUUUCAUUUGACUGGUGACGCUCCACAACAGUACCAUCGAUAUGAUUUGAAAAGUAGUAGUAGUAGUAGUAGAGAAUUUCAACUCCCUCGAGAUGAACUCCAGAACGAUCGAUAUCAAGAACUCAAACAAAUAACAAGUCACCUAAGAAACUUAUUGGAAAAAACCAAAGCCGCUGGAAUGAGAGCCAAUCAAUUUAAAGUGACUAGAAACCAAUAUGGAGACAUAGUAGGAGCCAUUUUCUUAGAUGUCGAUGAUCCAUUUGAUACUUCUAUAGAGUAUCAUAAUAAUAUUAAAAAACAAAAUAAUCCCCAAAUUUUAAAGUUGGGAUUAGAUGGAGAACUAUACUAG